UCUAUCACAGUAACAGUUGAGUUUGAUGAGAGUAAUAGUUCGCGAAAAUCUUGUGAUGACUGCUGUUUCAGGCUGCUGCUUUUUUUAUGUUUUAAUUUUUAAUGGGUUAUGUUCAUAACAACUAAAUACCUGAGUUGUUAGUGCUUGUUUUUGGCCUGACAGGUAAAAUCGCGACGUGUAUCUUCGCAAAAGAAACGGCUUAGUGUGUGACGUGCUGUCAGGAGAAGUUUGACUACGAGGUAAUCUCCUCAUAUACUUCGUGGCUAACGAGAAAAGGCGGACAGUGAAAUUCAAAGUGUGUGGGUUUUUAUGGAGUUCUGUAUAAGAGUACUGUAACAUCAUUUAUGAACUGGCGAAAUACAAGGUACAGAUUAUCUAUAAUCUGCCUAACAUAAAACAUUACAUGUCAUCAGAACUCAAUAGAUCAUUCAUCAUAUUUACAUGUGCAGUCUACAGUGCAGGUAUUGGUUUCCUUUAAUCGCAGGUAAAGAUCCUAAAAUGAUGACGCUUCCUGUAAAUUGAGCAUACAUCCGUGAAUGAACACAGAUGAAGUAAGUUUAAAGACUGUAGAACUGAAGCGAUGGACCAGGAGCCAACUAAGUGGAUAAAAAAAGAGGAAACUGAUGAAGUACAAACUGAGUUACACUUCAUAGCCCAAGAUUAUCCAUGCAGCAUGAAUGUAAAAGAAGAGUUGGAGGAGUGUGUGAAUAAAGAGUCUGUUGAAGAUCCAUUGGGAAUAUCUUUGUCCACUGAUUUUAUCAAGGAGGAUCCUGAAUUAAAUAUAACUGAGAAUACUGUGGAAGCCUCAACAAGAUAUGCAUCUGAUAGUGCAAGAUUUACUCAGACUACUGGUGGGAGUUGCAGCAUAUCAUGUGAAGAAACUUGUCACCAUAGACUGGUCCAGGAUGAGUUUGUGAUAGACAUGAAGUCAACACAUGGGUUCAGUACCAAUACAGAAGAUAUGACUAUUGAUAAGGAAUGCUCAGUUGCCACCCAGUAUGAAUGUAGUACGAGGGAAAAGGAAUUAGAUGUAUAUAGCUGUAAUUUCUGCCAACAGAACUUUUCUUCAAAAUACACACUCAUAAUGCAUGUGUUCAUGCACAUUGAUGGAAUGCAACCACCUUCCUAUGUUUGUAAGUGGUGUGGUGAGGUAUUUCACAGUAAUGUUGGCUUGAAAAAGCAUAUGAGAAUGAGUGAGAAUUGUCAAGUUUUAACUGCUGACACUCAUGAAAAAUAUGAACAUAGUGAUGAGCAUCAAACCACUACCUCGUUGGAUAGCGAGGCAGAAGUUUCUGUCACAGAACACAAUGAGCAGUCUUCAUGUAAGGGAACUUGGAAAGAUUCAAAAAUGCCCUCUAAUGACAUAUGUAACACACAUAUGACAAAUGAUAGAGAGAAAGCAAGUAAUUAUGGAACUUUGUCUAUAGCUGUUAAUGUCAGUGCCCAGGCUGAUCUACUUACUGCAAACAGAACCGACAGAUGUGGUAUUUGUGGCAAAUUGUUUGCUAGGUCAGGUGAUCUCGAGAGACAUGUUUCUAUCCAUACUGGGAAAAGACUUCACAAAUGUGAUAUUUGUGAGAAGUGGUUUGCCCAGUCACGUUAUCUAAAGGCUCACACAUUAAUUCACACUGGAAAGAAACCUCACAAAUGUGAGAUUUGUGGGAAAUCUUUUACUAUAUUAGGCAAUCUUAACAAACAUUUAUUAAUUCACACUGGAAAGAAACCUCACAAAUGUGAGAUUUGUGGGAAAUCUUUUACUAUGUUAGGUGAUCUCAAGAAACACGUAUUAAUUCACAUUGGAAAUAAACCUCACGAAUGUGAGAUGUGUGGGAAAUCUUUUGCUAGGGAAGACCAGCUGAGAAGACAUAUUUUAAUUCACACUGGAAAGAAACCACACAAAUGUGAGAUUUGUGGGAAAUCUUUUACUAUAUUAGGCAAUCUUAACAAACAUUUAUUAGUUCACACUGGAAAGAAACCGCACAAAUGUGAGAUUUGUGGGAAAUCUUUUACUAUAAUAGGCAAUCUUAACAAACACGUAUUAAUUCACGCUGCAAUGAAACCUCACAAAUGUGAGAUGUGUGGGAAAGCUUUUGCGUUUUCAAGCUAUCUGAAGGCACAUACACUAAUUCACACUGGAAAGAAACCUAACAAAUGUGAGAUAUGUGGUAAAUCUUUUACUAUGUUGGGUAAUCUCAAGAAACAUGCGUUAAUUCACACUGGAAAUAAACCUCACAAAUGUGAGAUUUGUGGGAAAUCUUUUGCUAGGGCAGACCAUCGCAAGACACACAUAUUAUUUCACACUGGAAAUAAACCUCACAAAUGUGAGAUUUGUGGUAACUCUUUUAGUGUAUUAGGCAAUCUUAACAAACAUUUAUUAACUCACACUGGAAAGAAACCUCACAAUUGUGAGAUUUGUGGGAAAUCUUUUGCUGCAUCAGGCUAUCUCAAGAAUCAUGUUGUAAUUCACACUGGAAACAAACCGCACAAAUGUGAGAUUUGUGGGAAAUCUUUCCCUAUGUCAAGCCAUCUCAAGAAACACGUAUUAAUUCACACUGGAAAGAAACCUUACAUGUGCGAUAUUUGUGGGAAAUCUUUUACUAUGUUAGGUGAUCUCAAGAAACAUGUAUUGAUUCAUACUGGAAAUAAACCUCACAAAUGUGACAUUUGUGGGAAAUCUUUUACUGUAUUAGGCAAUCUUAAUAAACAUGUAUUCAUUCACACUGGAGAGAAACCUCACAAAUGUGAGAUUUGUGGGAAAUCUUUUACUAUGUUAAGUGAUCUCAAGAAACAUUUAUUAAUUCACACUGGAAAUAAACCUCACAUAUGUGAGAUUUGUGGGAAAUCUUUUGCUAGGGCAGAUCAUCGCAAGACACACAUAUUAUUUCAUACUGGAAAUAAACCUCACAAAUGUGAGAUUUGUGGGAAAUCUUUUACUAUAUUAGGCAAUCUUAACAAACAUUUAUUGUAUCACACUGGAAAGAAACCUCACAAAUGUGAGAUUUGUGGGAAAUCCUUUACUAUGUUAGGUGAUCUCAAGAAACACGUAUUAAUUCACACUGGAAAGAAACCUCACAAAUGUGAGAUCUGUGGGGAGUCUUUUGCUACAUCAGGUUAUCUCAAGACACAUGCAUUUGUACACACUGGAAGUGGACCUCACAAGUGUGGUAUCUGUGACAAAAGUUUUACUUACUUGGAUACUCUCAAGACACAUGCAUUACUUCACAUCAGAAAGAAAAUGUAAGUAUGUGUUAGAUUACGCAAAUAGGUUUUCGUGGUUGGUGCCCCCAAGGCCUAUUAAAUAAUGUAUGUACCAGGGGACAAUAAAUUGUACUUUCUGUGAAAUAACUUUAAAAUCUGGUAGAAUUGUGGAAAAAUUUGUAAUGAUGUGUAGUAUAGAUUGCUAACAGAUAAUGUGACAAAAAUUCAUACCUGUAGCUUUAGAUGUCAAGAAAUGGUAUUACCAAAUAAGAAACAUGAAUCAAAUGUGUUUUUGUCAUUAGCACUGCUGCUUUUUCCUAUUGAUCUUGCGACAAGAAGAUUGUGACUUGUGAUAAAUCCUUACAUUUGUCAGUAAUCAUGAGUAUCUUGCAAUAUUCAGUAUAAGGCCAAGGAAAUGUGAUGACUUGCUGCUUAAUAUUCCAAACAAAGUCAUCAUGUAGUACUUGUAGCUCUGUAUUUUAGAAACAGUGACAGUAAAAAUAUAUUCAUGGCACUUGCUUCAUUGAGGCUAGUAAACACAAUACUGGAGAAACAUGAUUAUAACAAUUAUUUUACUCGGAUAUGUUUUCUCAAGAGACUUAGUGUGUCACUAAUAGUGUGUACAUUUAUGUUCUGCUGGUACUAAUCGUGCAUUAGUAAACAUAACAACAAAUUUAAGAACCUGCUUAAUAGCAUGUUUGGCCACCUUUGGAAUACAGUACUUUGACAAUUCUACAUGAUAUGGGCUUGACACAUCAUUUACAUGUUUCUGGGUGUAUGUUGUACCAGUGCUAUUCCACACGUU